AUUGUGAGUCUGUCCCUUUAAAUAAAACCCACCCACAAUGCACCGCUCCUGCGCUCACUUCCGGGUUGGGUCCACGUGAGUCUCGCCGGUGUGAAACAUGUCAACAACAAACCCCCCGCCGCCCGACAGCCCCGCGGAGGUGAACGGGGACAGGCACCGGGAGCAGCCCGAGGCCUACGCCGAGUUUGAGGCUCUUCACUCGGCCGCGCUGCAGGCGGCGGGACUACCCCGGGUCUACUGGAGGAGUCUGCAGCACAAGAUCAGCAACGAGGUUUUCGACGCCGGAGAGGUGUUUGGGAUCGUGCAGGUUCAGGAAGACUCUGAAGAGGACACGCCCUGUCGCAUCAUCGGGUCAAAGGUCGUGGUGACGCGGGAGAGCGGGCUGCGGAGAGAUGACCCAAACAGUGUGUUCCUGGUGGACCACGCCUGGACGUACCGGACGCCCUACGCCCGGCAGCAGCUCCAGGAGGUGCCCGGCCUCAUGCCCAGGAUGGCAGCUCUCAUGGGGCUGGACUUUCACGGAGAGGUCCCUGAUCCAGAGUCUGUGGAGGAAGUCCUGGAGGAGAUGUGGAAGUACAACCAGACCUACCAACUGGCACAGGGGUCUGCAGAGGAGAAGGUUCCUGUGUGGUACAUCAUGGACGAGUUCGGGUCUCAGGUGCAGCACUCGGACUCUCCGUCCUGUGGACUGGCCCCUUUCUUCUGCGUCCCUGAGCAGGUCGCUUACUCCGUCCUCUGGCCCCUGAAGGACCUGGACGAGGGCGACGAGGUGACGAGGGACUUCGCUUACGGGGAGACAAACCCGUUGAUGAGGAAAUGUCGACUGUUGCCAUGGAAACCUGCCGACCUCGAUGACGUCAGCAGUGAAACGACAGAGCCUUCGGACGAAUACUAUCUGGCGAUCGCUCGAGAAAACAAAGAGCAGCUUCCAGUCGAGGUGGAGCCCUUCACCGUUCCCCGGGACAAAGUUCUCAAGGUGUACUCCGAGCUCUCUCAGGUCAGUAAUAACCUGACACACCCUCAGUUUGAGCUGACGCAGAACCAGGAGGAGGCCGACGUCAUCUGGGCCUACGACCACAUCAAAGACUUCAGGACCCUGAGUGAACAGCGGCCUCACGUCAUACUAAACCAGUUCCCGUGCGAGAGUCUCCUCACGGUGAAGGACUGCCUCGCCGCCGUGUCCCGCAGGGUAACUGAUUGGCUCCCGUUGACCUUUAACCUCCAGACGGAGCUGCCGCAGUUCGUCCGCUGCUUCCAGACGAGAGCCCAGAGAGGUGAAGACAAUCACUGGAUCUGUAAACCCUGGAACUUAGCGCGCGGCCUGGACACGCACAUCAGCAACAACCUGAACUGCAUCAUCAGACAGAGAGAGAGCACGCCAAAGGUGGUGUGUAAGUACAUAGAGGAGCCGGUCCUGUUCCAUCGGGAGGAGGUGGGGUUGGUGAAGUUUGACAUCAGAUACAUGUUGAUGCUGAGGUCGGUGCAGCCGCUCAGACUCUUCACCUACAACGUGUUCUGGCUGCGCUUCGCCAACAGAGAAUUUUCUUUGGAUCAUUUUGACGACUAUGAGAAACACUUCACUGUGAUGAACUACGCUGACGGCGUGCAGCUCAAACAGAUUCACUACGAUGAGUUCAUUCCUCUGUUUGAGAAGCAGUAUCCACAGUAUCCCUGGAAGAACAUCGAGCUCCAGUUGUUCCAGAGUUUCCGGGAGCUCUUCUCUGCCGCCUCCUCGCGCCCGCCUCCAUUUGGGCUCCACCCACACCCCUCGUCCCGGGCCAUCUACGCCGUCGACCUCAUGUUAAAGUGGAGCACGGGACCCAGAGGAGAGCGAGUGAUGUGUCCUCAGAUCCUGGAGGUGAACUUCAGUCCUGACUGUGCUCGUGCGUGUCUGUAUCACCCCGACUUCUACAACCACAUGGUCCAGACGCUGAUCCUGGACCAGCCCCAGGACUGUCCCGUCACCACCAUCGCCUAGACCGGAC